AUGUCAGUCAACUUCGCUCUUUUCUGGGACUCAUCAAUUUCUACGGAAAAUUCGUCAAGGAUCUCCACAAUCUACGUGCUCCUUUGGACACUUACGAAAAAGAAUGUUGUCUACACAUGGACACCGGAGUCUCAGUCUUUCAUCGACAAGAUUAAGGCAAUCCUAAACUCGGAUCUCCUGUUGACCCAUUUUGACCCAAGAUCAUCGUUUCUACUGAAGCUUCAGAUUGUGAGAUUGGGGCAACUCUCUCACAUUGCUUCACAGAUGGAUGCGAGAAGUCAUUUAUCACGCAAGCUGCUGCCUGACACAACCACAGAAGAACUACAACCAGAUUGA